UGUUUCACGUGCCUAUCGUUUUGCUUGCACAACAAUUUUGCGGCGUUUUUCCAGAAUUUAAGGAAUUUUCCCCAUUUUACUGAAACAAAAUGCGUCUGACGAAUGUUUUGUUCAAGAAAGUGAAGAGCAAGCGAAUUAUGGUGGUGCUGGAAAGUGUGGUCAGCGGACAUCAAUAUAAUGCCUUUCGCGAUCGUUUGGCCGACAAAUUGGAGAUAAUACGCUUCGACCCGUACAUUCAACAGGAGAGUCUCUAUCGCGAACGCAAGAAAAUCCGCAGCGCCUAAGGAAAUCCCACUAAAUGUCCUGAUUUUCCCAGUUUAAGUUAGUGCAAAUAAAAUACAAAAUCAAAUCAGUUAAA